GAGGAAGAUGGCGGCAGCGGAGAAGCAGAAACACGACGGGCGGGUGAAGAUUGGCCACUAUAUCCUGGGGGACACGCUGGGGGUCGGCACCUUCGGCAAAGUGAAGGGGAUGGGAGAGGAGAACCCUCCCUUCUCUUGCCCUUUCUGAGUCAUAGAAGUGGAAAAUUGCUGUAUAGCUCACAGGGAGAAACUGCCUCACACUACUUGUGAAAAUCAGCAAGCCCAACAUUGGCAAGCAUGAGUUGACUGGGCACAAAGUUGCAGUGAAGAUCUUAAAUCGACAGAAAAUUCGAAGCCUUGAUGUGGUAGGAAAAAUUCGCAGAGAAAUUCAGAACCUCAAGCUUUUCAGACAUCCUCACAUCAUUAAGCUGUACCAGGUCAUUAGUACACCAUCUGAUAUAUUCAUGGUGAUGGAAUAUGUCUCUGGGGGAGAACUAUUUGAUUAUAUCUGUAAAAAUGGAAGGCUGGAUGAAAAAGAGAGUCGGCGUUUAUUUCAACAAAUCCUUUCGGGUGUGGAUUAUUGUCACAGGCACAUGGUUGUCCAUAGAGACUUGAAACCAGAAAAUGUACUACUUGAUGCACACAUGAAUGCAAAGAUAGCUGAUUUUGGUCUUUCAAAUAUGAUGUCAGAUGGCGAAUUUUUAAGAACAAGCUGUGGCUCUCCCAACUAUGCUGCACCAGAAGUAAUUUCAGGAAGGUUGUAUGCAGGUCCAGAGGUAGAUAUUUGGAGCAGUGGUGUUAUUCUCUAUGCUUUAUUAUGUGGCACCCUUCCAUUUGAUGAUGAUCAUGUGCCAACCCUUUUUAAGAAGAUAUGUGAUGGGAUCUUUUAUACUCCUCAGUACUUGAAUCCUUCUGUGAUUAGCCUUCUGAAACAUAUGCUGCAGGUGGAUCCCAUGAAAAGAGCCACAAUCAAAGACAUCAGGGAACAUGAGUGGUUUAAACAAGACCUUCCAAAGUAUCUCUUUCCUGAGGAUCCAUCAUAUAGUUCAACCAUGAUUGAUGAUGAGGCCUUAAAAGAAGUAUGUGAAAAAUUUGAAUGUACAGAGGAAGAGGUUCUCAGCUGUCUGUAUAGCAGAAACCACCAGGACCCUUUGGCAGUCGCUUAUCACCUCAUAAUAGAUAAUAGGAGAAUAAUGAAUGAGGCCAAAGAUUUCUACUUGGCUACAAGCCCACCAGAUUCUUUUUUAGAUGAUCACCAUUUUUCUCGUCCACAUCCUGAAAGAGUGCCAUUCUUGGUUGCUGAAACACCAAGGUCACGCCAUACACUGGAUGAAUUAAAUCCUCAAAAAUCCAAACACCAGGGUGUGAGGAGGGCAAAAUGGCAUUUGGGAAUUCGAAGUCAAAGUCGGCCAAAUGACAUCAUGGCAGAAGUUUGUCGCUCAAUCAAACAACUGGAUUAUGAAUGGAAGGUUGUAAACCCAUAUUAUUUGCGUGUUCGAAGGAAGAAUCCAGUGACAAGCACAUACUCAAAAAUGAGUCUACAAUUAUACCAAGUGGACAGUAGAACUUACUUACUGGACUUCCGAAGCAUUGAUGAUGAAAUUACUGAAGCCAAAUCUGGAACUGCUACUCCACAAAGAUCGGGUUCUGUGAGCAAUUAUCGAUCUUGCCAAAAGAAUGAUUCAGAUGCUGAAGCCCAAGGAAGAUCCUCAGAUGUUUCCCUUACCUCAUCAGUGACUUCACUUGACUCUUCUACAGUUGACUUGACCCCAAGGCCAGGAAGUCACACAAUAGAGUUUUUUGAGAUGUGUGCAAAUCUUAUUAAAAUUCUUGCACAGUAAACAUAAAAGUUUGCUUAUUUCUUUCAUAGCAAUAAGCAUGCAGAAAUCAUAGCCAAAUGCUUCCAUUUGUAAUCAAGUUAGAAUUAUGGCACUGAGAAGAAUAGCCCUUUCUGAAUGCAAUUUGCACAGAGAUUGGAACGUGAUUAAUAGGCUAACAUGAAGAAGUGAAUUGUGAUUAUUUUAUUGUCCAUUUUUCAACAGGUAUAUGGUAUAUAAUACAAAAGGCACAAUGAAUUCUAAGUCUCUCAAGUUCACUUGAGUUUUGGAUAUUUUACUGCACACUGGGCUUUGUAGAAUAUUAUUUACUAUUUUACCUCAAAGGCCUUUAUAUUUCUCUUAUGUUUUGUUAAAUUUUUGCUUCAAAAUUUGUCAAUAAAUACUUGCCUCCUAGUCCCUAGAAAACUAAAGAAGUGGUUGUUUUUCAACUCCUUUAAGUGCUUGUCCUUUAAGUAAUCAACAGUUUUAACAGUCUGAAUGACUGUCUCCCUUCCAUUAUCUUAUAACUGAAACUUACUUCAAAGACCCAAAAUGUAAACACAUUUUAAUAAAGAUUGAGAUGUCCAAGCACAGAUAGUACUUCUGCAUUCAAAUACUCUUAGCACUGAAUUUAUUCUAAUGGUAAGUGCUAAUACUUUCUACAUAUAAAUUGCUCUUUCUGUCAUAAGGGAUGAGUUGGCAUACACUGUAAAUAAGACAUUGGGCAAUGCUCUUCAAUUAAAAAAAAUACUCUACCUUUUAUAAUAUUUUGACAGUUCAUUAUUAAAAUUAAGCAUGAUUCUUUAGCCAAUUGAUUAUAUAUCUGAUUUAAAUUGACAAUGCAGAUAACAUCUAUACAGAGUAUUUAAGUACCCAGAUAUUUCUGGAGGUUUCAUUUCUCUGAUAAAAUUUAGCAUGAAAAAAAUUCAGUCUUCUGAAGGAUCACAUUUCCUUCAAAAACUUGUUCCAGAUUUUGAUUAAUUUUUAAAAUAGUACUAUAUGAAUUGAAGAAAAUGGUAAACCACCUCAAGAUCUGAUUUUCAGAGACCUGUUUCUAUAGCUGGAAGUAUUCAUUUCUUUCUUUUCAGUAUGGUAUCGUAUAGCUAUGGUAAAUAUAAAUUUAAAGCCAUUUUAGAGGAAUUUGAUAUCAUGUGUAUGCUAAUAAAUAUAAACAAAUGCUGAAUCUAAUAUUCUUGCCUUAUAUAUGUUACUUUCAGUUUGAUUUGUUUUAUGGAUAAUAUAGCACUGUUCCAUAUACCCAAUUUUUUUUUAAUUUAAAUACCUUUAGUUAUUAGAUUUGUUUUAGGCAAAUACAGUGCAUAUCUGCCUAAUCAGAUGAUGUGCGUCCAUUUGAAUAUCAUGAUAACUUACAUAAAUGGUUACUAUAAUUGGGAGUUCAACUCCAACAAUUUAGUAACAGGCACUGAAUUGAAAAGAAGCAUGGCACUGCUUUUUAUGUCUAGGGGUUGCUAUACUUAACUUUAAAUAUGGACUCUGUACAAAGUAUUAAUAUACCCACUUAAUAGAAAUUUAAAUUCUUUUAAAAAUUAUCUUUAUGGCCCUUCAUAUUUAGAAUGGAACUUUGACACAUGGUCUUCAAGUGAAGCAUAAUGUCCCUGGAGGUUAUCAAAAAAUAGUAUUUUUUACAAGAUUGAAGAUUUUGGGGUAUAUAUAAUACAGGGGACGUUACAAUAAUGUCUAUAUAUGGUAGAGGAAGAAGAACCAAUUAAAUAGAACUUUCUAAAAUACUUUAUUAAUCUUAUAAAAUUCAGUUCUGAUUUAUUCUUUUAAGUUAUUAUGAUCCCUUCUAGUAAUUGAGGUUUAUUUUGAAGAUGUUUUAAUAAUAUUGCACUUGUACAAAUAGUAUAAUAAACGCACAGACAUUAUUGCAGUAUAUUGCUUUUUAAGCUGGGAUCUUUUUGAAAUGAAAUGAACUUUUGGUUGUAUAUGUAAAGGUUGCAUCAAAACUUUCACAAUCUGUUGUAGUUUGCAAAUUCUAACUAAUAUUGAAGACCUACAAGGAGUCAAGAUGCAAAUGGUUUUUAAUCUUUUUUUAUAUCUUUUCAGCAAUUUAUAAUUUUUUGUGCUUUAAUGCAACCAUGUUUUUUACUUUGUCUCAACAGCUGGAAGAUGUAUAGGUUUUUGCCACAAAUGUAUUGUAUACAUAGUUUUAAAUAUAAUGCAAAUUUUUCUGGCAUGUAAAAAUUUUGCCAUUAAAAUAGAUGAUUUCUCAUUGAGAGGAAUUUUUAUACUGGGUUUGGGGGAAACAGAAGCUUAUACUACUUAACCUAAUUUAAAUGUGAUUUCAUUAAGAUAUAAUUCCAUCUUUUAUUUGUUCCACUUUUUUCUUCUUGAAGUGUGUGUAGUUCAAGAUUUUGGAUGAUUUUUUAUAAUGAUUUCACCUUUUUAUACACUGUUGUCUUUGAUAUUAUAAUGAUCUCAUGCAUAUUGAAUUCAUGCCAUGAUAAUAUGGGGUAAGCUGUAGACUGCACUAAACUUCAGAGAACUGAUUGGCAUUUUGGGGAAUGAAAACAGAAAAGAUUUGGUUAAGUAUGUGCUACUCGUAUGUAUCUUUUUCUUACUUUCCCUCUCCCAAGUUUUCACCAGUUUGAAAACACCUUGACAGAUCUUUCUUUUUUAAUAUAAUUUCUCACCAUACUCAUUGAUAAGCUGAAAAUCUACAUGCAACAUUUUAUAAACCAGUAGUAAGGUAGAAAACGAUUGUGGUGCAAUAUUCUGAGAAUUUUCAUGUAUGUUUUGAUUGGAGUGUAUUUCAGCAUAAAUUUUCAAAUAAACUAUUUACUCUGCUUUAGAGCCACUGUAUAUCAUAGCACAGAGAUAAUUUUUCUUUUGUUAUUAACAUUGUGCCUAAUUCCUUUCAAAAUAUCUGGUAACACCAAAUGAAAAAAAUGCUUAUUUGUAGUUGUGCAGCUAUAUUUUUUUAAUAUGAUAUCUAAAUAUAAAAUACUUAAUUAUUAUUUUUGAGGUUUUAAAGUUGUGUGCCAAUGAUUUUGCCCCUUGUAACUACAUUACAGUGAAUUUUUAAAUCACUUAAAAUCAAGAACAACUUAAAACAAUAGAAAUACAUAGAAUGAACUUACAACUGCCAUUAAUUGCUGAUGACUAGUAUUUAUUUAUGUGGUAUAUUUUAAAUUAUUAUUAUUAAUUGUUUUAAUAGUGCUGACUAAUGGAGUCUGUGUUAAUUAUUUGCCAGCCACAAUGUUAGAAAUGAUAAUUUUCUGAUUUUUAUUAAGAUUUGUACUACAUAGGCUGCCAUGUCUAAUCUGCAAUGCCAACCUUCUUCUUCU